AUGGCUCUGGUUCCGAUUGACGUGGGAUGCCGACAGCACGAGUACGACAUGGAGCUGGAUCUCGGUGCCGCUUCGACUUCGACAGAUUUAGUCCUCAGUGAUCAUAUGGGUAUGAGCAACACACAUCAAAGAAAGAGACACGUGGUUGCAGGACCCAAUCGCCAGUCCCAUGAUGAGGUUAACCACACAUUGCCCAUUGAGAUGCUUGGUGCACUUUGCUACUCGCAAGACCAGGAGCACAAAAAGAGCAACAUGAUAAGGCUGUUGAAGGCACAACAAGACGCUUUGUCCAAGGAGCUCAGGAAGUACCAACAGUACUUCCCUGUUCCAAGGAUGAUUUAUGCAGGUCUCGACAAUGAUUCGCAGGCUGCUGAGCUGAAACGACAAGUCUCUUUGCUACACUCAGAAAGAGAGGUGAUGCAAAAGGACAUCGACAAGCUACUGAAGCAAAGAGCUAAAGAUGAGAGGCUUUUGACUCAGCAGCGAGAGAUCAUCAACCAAGCAAACCAGCAUCAAUCAAUCAACAGCAACAUGUUGCAAGGACAAAAGGAGGCCUUAGAGAAGCAAAACAAGUUCAUCGCACAGAUGAUGUCACGAAUGGAAGCAUUGAAAGCAGAGAGCACUAAGACUCAUGAAGAAAUGAACCACUGUUCUGCGGAACUGAAAGCUUUGAAGAUGGACAAUACAAAGACUUGUGCCCAUUUGGCGGAACUGGAAAAAGCGAUAAAUAGUAAAGACAAUGAGAUUGUCAGUCUCCAAGGACACUUGGCUGCCAUUUCUGCUUCUCCUUCUCAAAGUUCGACAAGCGGAGUCGCUUCCACUCCUCGAAAUCAGGCAGGCACUGCCCCUUCCGCUACACAGAGCUCGCUGCACACCAUACCACUUCCCAGAAAAAUUUCGACUCCCAGGGGAACGUCACAUAUGCCAACGAAAAUACAAUGUCAACAAGUAAAAGUUCCCAUCUCUUCUUGGAGGGAAGCGUUGCCAGCAGUCGAUCCACCACCCUCGCAUACCUCACAGUUGGUGACUACACAGGAGGGUGCAGCUGCGGAGCCAGCAGUAACUGAUCUGACGACCCUGCUCCCAGCAGAAACACGGGAACAGCCUUCAACGCAGGAAAGUGCAACAGUGGGAGCAGGAGGAAUGCCCUCAAACAUUAAUCUGGGAGACCCGGAUCAGCUCAUCCGAUAUCUGGCAUCUUGCCUCAAACGAGUGGUAGUCAGUGACUUGAAAGAGUCGCUCGAGACAGGUCAGCGUACGUUGGCACCGAAGAAGAUGACUGAGAGAAUGGAGCAGCAGGAAAGGAUGGGGAAGUCAAACAAAAACAGGCUUCAGACCUUCAUACGACGCUGGUGGUGCAAGUUCUAUAAGGUAGAUUCGGUCGAAGAAUUCAUCGUCUACGAGGCCCAGGAACAACAAACCGUGCUAGCGUUCAAGGACAAACAAGGACCUGGUCCAACAGAGGACGACCUUAUCUUGGAUUUUAGCCAUGGAUUUGCUUCGUCUAAGUGGAACAGAGCCAUCUUCAUGAUAAUGAUUCCGAUGAUUCAAGAGGAACUGAAGAAAGAACUGACACUCCCUGCAGCUGGUACAACUCAGCUGGAGACUGGGGAAGAGGUUGUGCAGCAUGUGGCAGAAACUGGAGAUCAUGUUCAUAAGACAGCGGCGUUGCGGUCAUCCAAAGUUAGGAUGAAGAACGGAGACAUGGACUUACGAACCUGGCAACUAUUUCUGAAGAUGCUUCAGAUGCUAGGAACAAAUGGAAUGUCAUCUGAGGAAGAGGUCAUAAAGGUCGUAGGGGGUAUCACCGAAACUGUGUAUACUGUUAAAGUAUGCAUCUGGCAGAAUGGGAAGGUUAUCGAAUACCUCAAGGAUAUCGACGGGGCUUCACCACAGUUUACCGGCAAAGGUAGCCAUCCAGCGCACAGGGAUAGGGAGACUGUGCCGAGAAUGAAUGAGGUAGUCAAUGCCCCACAAGAACUGCCAAGAGCGCUAUAUGACCCUGAAUGGCUGGCAGAACUGGAUGAAUAUGAGCAAGGAGAUUUGUGUAUUUCCAAGGAUGCGUUUGAACUGCUGGAAAAAGUGGUGGAGGCAGUGGAUAUGCCUGAGCAUCGUGAACUGAGACAAAAGGAACGGCGAAGGCCACCCUGUUGGAUUGGCCUAUCAAGGGGUAUAUGCACAGUGUACAACACUGAGCAUAGACUCACAAUGGCAUGCUACACCUGUCAUCAUGAGGAAGACACCCUAUAUGAUUGGUGUACGAUGCCUAUCAUCGUGGGGUGGUGGUGGUGGUGGCAACUUCAAAUUGAAAUGACCAAACUCAGCACCAUCAUUUCUCUUGGUCGGAUUCGCCAGCUAUCAUCCUCGUUCAUUGUUGAUUGCAUGUGUACACUCCAUCGGUGUAGUACGCUGGUGAAGUCUACUCUGCCAACAUCUGCGGUGUGGCACCACGGGCCACCUCUCAGUUGCAUACAAUUGCAUACAUCUCAAAAGUUAGCAUUUCCUAGGAUUCUGCACCAUGUCGCGCUGGUAGACGGUGACAUCUACUCUACCGCAGGGGACGCGGCUAGUCACCGGUUUCCUCCCAUUUCUAGUCAAGAAGCAUCCGUCCUUAAUCCAAACACCUCCCGGUACUCUGAUAUGCGUCAGUUCCAUCAACUGUCCAAUGAAUGGCCCUACAUGAUGUUGGUUCCAACAUCCAAACCCUUUUAUGGGCCUCUAUUUGAGAGACUAGCAUUGGACAAGAAAUUCCUACCGGUGGAAGGUUACAAAGAGGUUCAGGAAGAAUCCAUAGCCAAAUUCUGGUCCCUGAAAUCGGGGGUCAUGAAUGAAUGGAUUACUCUCGAAGGAAAUAUGCGAGCAUUGCUCUGUGGCAACCUUGGUCUUAUCCCAAAUGCUUCGGCAGCGCUAUCCUUCACCAUUGUUCUUAUGCGGUGGCAAGAGAAGUCAAAUACACAGUUUGAAUGGAGGGAGAAAGUGUUGCAAAGGGCCAAAAUUCACCCGCAGUGGCUAGUGGAUAUCGAGGAUUCCGUUGUAUUAGAUGCACUUGUGCCUAGAGUCAGCGGUGUCGUGCACUAUGCUACCUCUGAAUUUCUCAUUUUCCUUCCUGAUAUCAUUCGCAUAUUCCCUGAUAUAUCAAUUUACAUCAAUUGGGGCCCCGAACUACCUGUUCAUGUUCUAAAUUACUUGCGCCCCCUCGAGGUACCAACCGUUGGCAAAAUCAAAGGUCUACGAUCAAAGUAUAAUGCAACCAGAGGUCAUAUUCCUGGGAGAAAAGGCACCAGGGUUUUCUAUUGGGAUGAUGUUGAGGGGACUCUGAUUCACCGUGCUGCUGGCUGCAAAAGCUAUGAGUGGCAUUGGAAUAGGUAUGGGCCCAAGCAGCGCCAAUAUGACUCCUUCCACGAUGAAUGGGAUUUAUGUGAAGAGCUGCAGCCUGAUGAUGAACCAACAUAUAUGAGCGACGACGACGACGAGGGUGACAAAGAUGUUUAUGUGCCGCUUUAUGACGAUGACGAUGACAACGACAACCAUAACGAAGGAAUUUAUUCCUCCAGUGCUGAUCUUAUGCAUAAAGCCAAGCAGAAGCGAGCACAGAUGAGAUCACAGGAAGUCGAGAUGCCCUCGACGAUUUGGUAUACUAUUGGUUUGGGUUCGUGGCUCCAAGCUUUCCAGUGGCUAGUCCAUCUAGCACUCCGGAGAUGCAUCAUGUAUGCAAAUAUAUGGGCCUUCUACAGGAUGCCUCGAUAA